AUGUGGGGAGUCAAAUUGUCACAAAAUGAGCCAUUCGUUUACUCCAUCUUUGGCCUUCAAUACCGCGAUGGCGAACCGACCACCGAAAAAGAGUCUAUGAGAAGCAACUUCGAUGCUCUUAUCACCGCCAAAGCCACUUACAUCGAUCGCGUCAUCCAAGAAGAUGCAGUUACCACAAAUCAUGGCAAAACCUUUGUCUGGCUUGGGUAUUGGAAAUCUCGCACAGAAUACCUCGACUGGUGGACGAGUCAACCGGUAUCCCACUUCUGGUCAUCGCUACCUCUAGAUGCGGGAAUGUGGAGAGAAGUGAUGAUGCCAGAUGCAUCCCGCACACAACAUGGCACCAACAGGACAGAUCAGAUUGGACUUGGUACUCUCGGAUCCCGAGUGUCAGUCGCCGACAAAUCAGGAUACUGGGGCUGUUAUCGGCAACGAAUGAGUGCAACCAGUGAUAGAUUCGCGACGCCCCUCGCGAAGGAUUUAAAACCCUGCCCCUCUAUAACACUCCCACUAGGUCAGGUUUCUAUCCGCUCUGAAAGAGUUCUCUUGGCCCAGUUUCCAGACAACAUAUGCUUCGUUGUCGAGGGCCAAGACCACUCCGAGAUCUCACCAGAAGAAAAAGACUAUUGGUUUCAUAAUUUUCACGAAUCCGUCGAAACUUGGAUCAAGGAUCUCAUGUCCGCAGAGGCAGAUUCUGGGAUCCUGGAUGGCCGUUUAUGCUUUGAUGCGGAAAGUGGAGCCUUCGGGAAUUCCCCAAUCUCGGCGCUCAAUUAUAACAAAAAGAUCCAGCUGUUCUAUUUCAAGGACAUGCGGCACAUGGAGCGUAUUGGGCGCAGUAACAAAGGGCAUGCGCAGCUGCGGGACCGCUUUUUGGCGGCAUAUGGGCCAGGUGGUGAUAUGAGUGCCGGGAAGAUUGGAAUGUGGGUUGAGACGACGGUGCUUAAAGCAGGAGAAAUGGAAUGUGAAUAUGUCGGUUGCUUGGAAGGGACAGGAUGGAUGGCGUGGGCAGGUCCUGGAUCCAAGAUUGUGUAG